AUGUUUUUAUUUUUCCGGCGAACCACCGCUGCAUUGCGUAUAUUUCCCUCUCCCUUUCUUCCUCCAGCAAGGCUCCUCUCAGCACUUCCGGCCAAUCUCUCUCCGCCAGAAAAACCAAACUCCGUCACAACACAACCCCUAACAAAGCCCCAACUCACAACCCUAGUCCUCGCUCAAUACCACCAUGGCAAAUUCUCCAACCUUCUCCAGAACAUCAUCUCCUCACCCUCCGUCCUCCUCACAGCCUGCCACAACCUCAUCCAUGGCGGCCCAAACUCACCUGCACCACCUUCCAUCAACUCAAUCUCAUCUAAUUUCUUCUCAAUCACGGAUAUGUCUGAAGAGAUCUGCCAAAACAGAUUCGAUUUCAACUCAUGCCUCCUCAAAAUGGCGAACAAAGGUGAACCAAUUUCUCUCGCUCUUCCUAACUUGAAACUUAAAGUCUUGAUUGAAUCCAUUAGAAUGGUUUUAGAAGUCAUAUAUGAUGAUCGUUUUGCAACUUUUAGCUAUGGUGGUCGUGUGGGUAUGGGUAGACACACUGCAAUUCGUUAUCUAAAGAACACUGUGGAAAACCCCUCUUGGUGGUUUACUGUUUCUUUCAAUAACAAAACACAAUUCGGUAUAGAAAACACAAACAAACUAUGCUUGAUUAUAGAAGAAAAAAUAAAAGAUGAGAUGUUCAUUGAUAUAAUCAAGAGGUUGAUCAUGUCCAAAAUAAUUUCCCUUGAUUUGGGUGGAUGUUAUUUAGGAAAAGGGCUCCCUCAAGAAUGUGGGUUGAAUUCAAUCUUGAUUAACAUCUACUUGAACCCAUUUGAUCAAAGAUUACAAGAACUACGUCUUCAUAUCAACAAAAAAACCCCAGAAUCUAGAUUGAUUGAAGAAGAUGAAACUAAUCAUGUUUUCCAUAAACCCUUAAAGAUAUACGCUGUUAGGUACUUAGAUGAAAUACUUGUAAUCACAUCCGGAUCAAAGGGCUUAACCAUGAAUUUAAAGAAACAAGUUGUUCAAUUUCUAGACAAGAAUUUGUGUUUAGAGAUAGAUAGGGGUAAAACCGUCAUUCACAGUGCGGUGUCCGAGGAAAUUACAUUUUUAGGCAUGGAUCUUCGGGCAGUAACGCCCUCGGUUUUGCAUCCUCCAAUGUCGGAAAAGGCAAUAAGGGCGAAAAAAAAGUACUUAAGACAAAAAGAAGUAAGACUUCAAGAACUUAAAAACAGACGAGAAACAAAUCGGAAAAAACUCGCUAUGAAAAUCUUUACACAUGUCUACAAAAAACUCAAAACAAGCAACGGAUUCAAAUUCGAUUUCAAAAUCGAAAAACAAAUUCGUGAAAUUUUCGACACGUGGGCCCGCGAAACCGUUGAUGAGUUCUUAAAUUCAAUAGAAGAACGCGCACCCGUGUAUCGAAAUCUCUCGGGUGGAGAGUUUUUAUCUUUAAAAAGAAUCCGAGACCAACUUCCAGAAGAAUUAAUACAAUCUUACAAUAAUUUUCAAGAAAAAGUCGACAAGUAUUUGAACCCGAUAAAAGCACGAGAGAAGUUACUAGAUAUAAAAAUGAAACAAGAACAAGAAGAAGAACAAAAAUACACCGAAAGAACAGUCAAAGAUUUAACCCAACUUCUUAUAAAAGUCGAUGCACCCGAAAAAUCGAUAAAAAAAUCCGUAAAAUUAGCGGGAUUCACGAAUGACAUGGGUCGCCCGAGACCGAUAACUUUACUCACGGCUCUUGAAGAUAUCGAUAUCAUUAAAUGGUACGCGGGUAUCGGAAAAAGAUGGCUAAAUUACUAUUCGUGUUCUAGAAACUUCAAGUUUGUGAAAACAAUUGUGAGUUAUCACUUGCGAUUUUCGUGUUUAUUGACUUUAGCUGAGAAACACGAAUCAAGUAAACGAGAAGCUAUUAGACAUUACACGAAAGAUUUGAGGGUUUUUGAUGUUGAUGGAAGUGAAGAGUUUUGGUUUCCUAGUGAAAGGGAGAUUAAGAUGAUGGGGGAUAAGAAUCUUGUGGAUCCGAAACCCGUGGAUGGAGUUUUGAGUAUGGUGUUGAUAAGAUUGGCUUUUGAUGAGGGUUUGUAUCGAUGUGGUGCGCAUUUUUGUGAGAGAUUUGAUACGAUUGUGUAUCGGAUUCGGUUGUUGGAUCGAGGUUUGAAUUUGGAUGAGAAGUGUUGGGUUUUUGAUAGGAUGUGUGUUGUGUUGUGUAAGGAUCAUGUAAGUGAGAUGUAUGUUGGUGAACUUACGCUACAAGAUGUUGACUAUUCGAGCUUGAUAUGUAUUUGA